CAAAACUGCCCGAAGACCUGUAGUUAAUCAAGAAGCAUGUUUUCCAGACUAUGCCUGAUGCCUCUUAAAAUGGUUCAAGUUGCUGUAUCACUUCUGCUGCUUUCAGGUGUAUUGGGAGCACCUUUUCUGUCUGAAGACGAAGCAAAUGAGUUUAUAAGACUUAAAAGACAAAUACCAUAUUCUCAUCACUAUUGGGACCUAAGCAAUAGCGAGAAUGCAUGGGGUUACACUCUGGCCGAACAGGUUAGUGAAUCAUGGACAGCUUUGAGAACCACAACACAAUAUUACCUGGACUUGGGAUCUUUUGCCUUUGAUCCUGCUGCUGCCCAGCACCACAUUAGGUCUUACAUGGAUAUGCUACAGCAAGCUGGGACUCACCUCCAGCAGCAGACAAAAAAAUACAACUAAACUGAAGAAGUUUCAUGUAACUGUCAAUGUACUGUACGGAGGAUCUUUAUCCAGGAGUUACACCUUUAGCUAUUUGCAACCACCACAUUUAUUUGUCCUGUACCUUAUUAAAGCAUCUGAAGCAGGAACAUACACAGUAGCCCCACAAAGUCCAUAGUUUUCGUGCUUCACAUAAAAGAAAAAGUAAAGUUAAAUCAUGCUAACUUGAACAAAACUGGUGAAGAUGACAAGGCAUCCAUAGUGUUUUUUAAGACAGGUUAAAGAAAAGUUUUUACCUAAAUGGACUCUCCCUUCCACCCACUCCCAUAAAAUACAGGACUACACAACUGUGAUGGCGCAGUCGGGGUUCCCCCGAUCCUACACCCCUGUAACAGCAAGAACAGGUUCCGCCAGCAGAAGAAUAGAGGGAGUUUAUUGCUUCUCCAGGAUACAGCACAGCGUAGAUGUGGUGUGAUUACAGGCUUCGGGGCCAGGAUGUUUCAGACCUCUUGGGUUAGGGGGUCUAUCACCCCUAGCCCCAGCAACCUCAGUUUGCCUCCCUCAUGGUCCCAGCCCAAGACUGCCCCUUCCCUCAGCACACACUUCCUUUGUUCAGCCUCUUCCCUUAACUUGUAGAACUGGUUUUAACCAUUGUCCUGGGGCCGUAAGGCACGCCCUGCUGUGCUGUGCUGUGCUUACAGGCAGCUGCCAGUGGGGGUCCCCCACAGCCCACAGCCCAAGCAUAGUAACUAACAAGGUACUAACACUACACCACAUCUCUUCCCCCACUACAGGUGGGGUCACUCUGCCUGUGGCCUGGGGAAUUUCGGGCCCCCCACUACAGGACAGCGUGUUGGCGAUGAUGUGGGCCCUUCUGCAUAGUCCUGUCUUUUGUUUCAGCAAGACCAGACUAACACAGCUACAUCUCUAUUACUAUUCCCAUAAAAUAGUCCAUUUAAAUAAAUGCUGCAGUUCUGGCAACUGAAAACUGGGUAUUUUUUACUUCUUUAAAUAAAGAUUUUGGCAUUUGAA